AGCUCAGACGAUUUUCUGCAGAGCCACAGAACACAAAUGAAACGUGAAAACAAAAUCAACCCCUGCAAAGAGCUCCCCUUCCCACUCUACUCAACUAGGGAUAUAAAAACUCAAAGACAAGAAAAGUUUAAAAGAAAGCAUCGCAGCAAGGACCGCUGUUCAGAGUUGUGAGAGUUCAGACGCUUGGUUCGUUUGAGAGAGAAAUGGUUCUUGCGAAUUGCUCUGCUCACUCAUCGGAGAAAUUAGGGUUAGCUCGUUACUAGAAAGUUCCGAUAUCCGAAAUGGUGAGCGAGAGAGGGCGAGCGGAAGAGCGAGCCGGCGAGGAUGGCGACGGGAGCGAUGAGGAAGAUCUGAAGUGGCGCUGCGUUAGGCGGAGGAGAGAAUCGAGUGACGGUGAUGAGAGCGUGAGUUCAGCAGGUGCUGCGUUUGGCGAUGAUUCGGUCGGUCUGGGAGGAGGAGCGCCGCCGCCGGAGGAUGAGGUGUCGCCGUACUACUUCGAUGAGCAUGACUUCGGAGAUGGAGAAGACGACGAACAAGGAAGAGGAGGAGGAGAAGAGGUAGCGGCGGAGAAACGGAUGAGCAGUCAAGGCGAGGAGGACAAGGAGCCGAAGGGGAAACAAGUCGUUGCAGUUCCUAGGCGUGGCGCGUUCUAUAUGCACGACGAUCGAACUGACCGUCGAGGUCGAGGCCGGCAAAACUAUGUGGCGGGAAGAUUGAUUGAACCCCUCGACGAAGGAAAAUGGCAGCAUGACAAGUUCGAACAGAUACAGGCAUCUAAUGACAAGAAGGUCAUGGACCAUGUCGGACUCAUGUGCUUUGUUUCUCAUUUUUUACAACUAUUUCGACGGUGUGGUUGGAGGAUAUGAACAUUUUCCUAUGAUUGGUUUUGCAGCUAAUGCUACUUAUCAUUUACAUUUAUUGUUACUGUGAAGAAUAAUGAAGACAACGUCUGAUGCAAACCCUUUCCUUGAAUACCACAACAAUCAGGAUUCAUCAAGAAUUGUGAAAGGGAGAGGGCCCGUAAAGUAUCCACUCGCCAUACGUUACAGUAGAUAUCCAUCAGAGGAGAAUAAGAAAGCUUGGAAGUCUCAGGAAACAAGAGCAAACUCUGGGAGGGUGCUAGCAGAAGCUUCAAGUCUACAAGUUGGUUCACCUGCAUCGAAGAACGAAGUGUCUGAAUCUCAUCAGAAUCAUGCAGCAGAAGCUUCAAGUCAACAAGUUGGUUCAUCUGCAUUGAAGAAGGAAGUGUCUGAAUCUCAUCAGGAUCGUGCAGCAGCUGUGGGGAAUCCUACAAUUUUUACUUUCAAUCAUGCCAUCUCCGCAUUAACAAAAAGGAAUGAGCAAAAAAGAAGUAAGGAAGGAAACUCUCCCAAAUCUGUCCUAUCAAAGAAUGAUCAAUUCAUGGAAACUGCCAUUGCAUCUCCACCUUUGAGGGGUUUGAGUGAUUCUACUGGGAGGGACCAGCAUCCUAGCAAGGAGUUGAUCCGGGAAAAUUAUCUUGAAUGCGUUCAGUUGCAUGGUCAGGGAACUGGUUUGCCAGUUUCACCUCAGCAUACUUAUCAGAAUCCUGCUUCUAACCCAAAUGGAGGUGCUCUGAUGAUAAACAACGGAGUUAUGCCACAAACAUCUUUCAGCAGCUCAAUUCCACCCUAUUUCCAAGGUUACAGUCGGGAGUAUACACUUUUCGGAUCACCAUUUAGAGCUGUUGUCCCAAGUGCAUCCGAAAUUGGGACAUUGUUCAUAUCUGCUGGACUCAACACUGAGUUGAUCCAUCCAGCUGCUAGCCGUCAAGCAGCUUUUCUGCCUCUGCAGCCGGUAAUGACCUGGGCAAAUAGUCCUCAAUCUCUUCAAUGGAAUGGUCAGGGAAUUCCUUUGUCUCCAUCGCAUCAUGCUUAUCAGUAUACUGCUUCUAACCAAAAUGGAGGUGCUCUGGUGAUAAACAACCUUGUUAUACCACAAACACCUUUCGGCAACUCAUUUCAACCCCAGUUACAAGGUUAUGGUCAGCAGUUGUAUUCUCUUUCUGGAUCACCUGAUGGAUUAGAUAACUCAGAGAUUGCAAUGGCUGGGAGAGAAAGUGGUGCUGAUGGAACCUGUGGAAGAACUUAUUCUGGAGAUGAUACCCAUACCAUUCAGAACUUCACAACCACUGUGAAUCACUUUCCUGUAAACCAAGUUAGGGGUCAGCAUCUUAGCGAGCUUGGAGAAAUUGGAACAGCUAAUGCACCUGGAUAUUAUGCUGCUGAACCGAGUUUCGGGAGUUCUGCCUCUGGUUUGGCAAGGACGCAAGUCUGGCCAACUAAUGCUGGAAGUGUAGGCUCUGCCCAUCCUUCUUGUACCUAUCCGACACCAACCACCGGAGAAUACGGCCGUGCCUAUUCAACAGACCCAGAAUCUUCUCUAAGCAUGACUGGAAAUGAAGACAAUGUGAGACCUCAUGAGGGCAGCAACCCUAUGGAUGGAUCUGAAAUGCCAAAUACAACACGUGGAGAAGGACACAAGCUUCAAAGGCAAGUUAAUCAUUUGAGUUGCUUAAACUACGGAUUUAUCUAGAUCCCUCAUCGCUGUAUUGCUUCUGCAGGUAUUCGAAUAUGAAUUUCAAUCGAAGCAAAUAGAUCAAAGCCGCAUUAGUGAGUAAGCAGGAUACUUGCUGGUUAUCGUCGCAGCUCAAAUGGUUCUGACAAUGCUGGUGCACAGACAACUAGAUAUCAAAAAGGAACUCAGGGUUACACAUUUUAUGUACCUACAGAGAGGAAAUUUUGUGAUUUCAGGCUUGUGCAGAUAUCUACAGACACUUUUGAAGAAGAUGAAGAUAGCUAAAUUGGCUUCCCUAUUCCCAGUUCCCAUACAGAAAUCUUUUGUAAGCACCAACCUCCCUAACUCUCAAUUUCAGGUAUCUUCCUUCAUUUCUGUUGAUCGCCUCGUCUGCAUGUCUUUCCAUAUGCUGCCAAGCAGCAUAUAGUUUUGCUGUUUACCAGUCACUGAUAAGAUGAAUGAAUAGAUUAACCUUUGCCA